CCAAAUCUUUUUAGCAUGCAUGCGACCAGUAGUGCUCGUGAUUCGAUUGAUUCCUUUGUUAUUUCUAAAGGAAACAGCAGCAAAAACGGCCUGAGAGCCUGAGAGGCCGAGCUGAUAACUCUGUCUUACCUCACCACGCCCGAAGUGAAGAAUACUCCCUUUAGGAUGUAUCGGUAGUCAACCGGAGACAGCCGGUAGUCGAUCUGUUUGUUCCGUAUUCAUCAAUAUCCGUGUCGAAGAAGUGUCUUGCCAUCAUAUCAGGAAGCUCUAAAGCGCGAGCCCUUUGCGGGGGCUCGGCUUCAACGAGAAACACCGAGCCAGAUGUCGGCACCACAGGAUUCUCUCGGUGUCAGUGUCUAUCACUUGGAAAGCGUCUUUAUGAAGGAUGCUGUUUGUUCUUCCAAAGACACAAAAGGGAUUCUUCUUGCGAGAGUGUCCAAAAUCUACGACAUUGAGAAUUUGGAAGGCCCCCCAGGUGUGAUCCGAAAGAAUAGUGCCUCAACCAUUUGCCCCUUGGAUGGGAAUCAAGGUGCUGCCUAUGUCCACUGCAUUGAAGGAGAGGAUCAUGUCGGAGAUGCAACCCAUAUGCUCAGCUAUUCAUGGAAUUACAGCAUUGGUGAUAUUGUGGAUACUCUCACAGACUUCUGCCUACAGAACAAACUCAACCCCAAGAGAACUUAUAUUUGGAUUUGCUGCCUUUGUGUGAAUCAACACAGGGUAGUGGAGAAUUCUGCCCUACCAAGAUCUGGCAUGCUGGUCCAAAAUCAAGUUGACUUCUUUCCCAUCCUUGGAGAAAGAGUCCAAACGAUUGGGCACUUGCUAGCAAUGAUGGCACCCUGGAACGCACCAGUUAAUCUUACCAGAAUCUGGUGUAUUUUCGAAAUCUUCACUGCAUGCACCACUGACAGGUGCAAGGUAGACAUUGUGAUGUCACCAAAAGAGAAGCAAUCGUUUGCCCAGGAUGUAAUCAACAAUGGAAAAGGCAUCAAUGCACUCUAUGAGUUGCUAGGCAACACCAGGGUUGAAAAUGCCAAAGCAUCAGUUGAGAGUGACAGGCUGGCCAUCCUGCGCAAGGUGGAGUCAGGUGUGGGAUACCAAAAACUCAACAAUAAAGUCAAUGAUUUGUUGCGUGGUUGGAUGCAGGGUGUCCUUACCCAGUUGGUGGAAAAUAGAGAAAACACAAACAAUGUUGAUUAUGUGAUUUUUUGCAACCGAAUUGGGAUGAUUCUUUCUGAGAACGGAGAGCAUGAAGCAGCCAUGAAACUCCACAAAUGUGCUCUGGAAAUAUGUGAUACUGUGUUUGGUGAGCAACAUGAAGAAACUGCAGCCACAUACAACAAUAUUGGUUUGGUGCUACUUGCCAGAGGUGACUAUGAAGGGGCACUGUCAAAGUACAAGGAAGCUCUUUCCAUUGAAGUAUUUGUAUUGGGCAAGGAUCAUCCAAAGGUCGCAAAUACAUACAACAAUAUUGGAUCAGUGUUGCAGGACAUGGGUAACUAUAAAGGUGCUUUGUCCAUGUUCAGGAAAGCUCUUCUGAAUCAACAACAGUCAGGAUUGGACAGGAAUCAAUGCCCUCGCUUAGCGACCACCUACAGCAAUAUCGGUUCUGUUCUGGAGGACCUAGGUGACUAUGCAGGUGCUUUGUCAAAGUACAACCAAGCUCUUGCCAUUCAAGUAGCUGUACUGGGUACAAAUCAUCCCAAGACCGCAAGCAUCUACAACAUUAUUGGUUCUGUUCUUGAUGAGAUGGGGGAUUAUGAAGGUGCUCUAGCAAGGCACAAGGAAGCCCUGGCUAUUCGAUUACAAGUUUUGGGCACGAAGCACCCUGAUACAGCAGACUCCUACAACAAUUAUGGGCUUGCACUUCAAGAGAUUGGUGACUAUGAAGGUGCUUUGUCCAUGUACCUGGCAGCACAGACAAUCAAUGUUCAUGUAUUUGGAAAGGUCCAUCCUUGUGUGGCAACCACUUACAGCAAUAUUGGUUCUGUUCUAGAUGAUAUGGGAGACUACGAAGGUGCUUUGUCCAGGUAUCAGGAAGCUCUUGCCAUUCGAGAGUCAGCAUUGGGAAAGAACCAUCCCUCAGUGGCAACAAUCUACAAUAACAUUGGUGCUUUGCUGUAUGCAAAGGGUGAAUAUGAAGAAGCCCUGCUGAAAUUCAAAGAGUGCCUUCCGAUUUGGGAACCUGUGUUGGGACUCAAUCACCCGUAUACACAAACUUGCCUGAAAUGGAUUGUGACUGUCAAGACAGCUUUAGAAACAACAGCACAUGAUCAGCGGAGCUGGUAGAGAGUUCAACUUGACAAUCUGAGGAGUUAAGUCAUAUUGCCUCUGCUUCAUUUCCAAAUGCUGUCGCCAGCAUCCAAGUUGAACAAAUGAUCGAAUUGGGUAUUCACAUGAUUCUCUACUGACAAACAAAUACUUUGCUAGACUAUCCAACUUUCAACUUUUGAUACCAACAGUAGGUUUUGUUUCAUUUAUCA